UGAACAACAAAGAGCCCUAAUCGCACUUUCAAGAUGAAGUUUAAUGCUUUGCUACUGAUGGUCUGCACGGCGCAGGCGCUUGCAGCAUCGGUGGACGACCGGAGAGGACUGGUCUCGUCUAAGAAGCUCCAAGAGAAGAUCACAACCAAGAAACUUAUGAGCAAUCUCGAGGCUCUCGACUCUAUUGCUAAGGCGAACAACGGCAACCGCGCUUUCGGUCUUUCCGGAUACGCUGCCAGCGUCAAGUACAUCCUUUCGAAGACAGAGAAGAACAAGCACUUCCACACAUGGGUCCAGGACUUCCCAGCCUUGUUUAACCGCAUCGACUCCAUCCAAUUCAGCGUUAGCAACACAUCAUACCAUGUGAUUGGCCUCUCCUACUCACCUUCAACCACCCCGGAGGGUUUGACACUGCCUCUCGUUCUUGGAGCUUCCGGACCAGAGGGAUGCAACAACGAAUCUUAUGACAAUCUCGACGUCGAAGGCAAAAUCGUACUUGUACAGCGCGGAACUUGCCCGGACGGCACCACUCUUGCGGGUCGCGUCAAGCCUGCUGUUGCUGCUGGAGCUUCUGCUGUCAUCAUUUACAGCGAUGUCACCACCAAUGUAACUGGUGGUACCCUCUCAGCACCGAAUCCGGAAGCAUACCGUCCUGCUGGAUACAUCAACAAGGUCGAUGGCGAGGCCCUUGUAGCUCGCCUCAAUGCCGGUGAAGCGGUCGAGGCUUAUUUCCAGCAGACUCAGACCGUUGAGACCAGAAUCACACAAAACGUAUUCACCGAGACCAAGGGCGGUGAUCCCAACAAUGUUAUCAUGCUAGGCGCUCAUCUGGACAGUGUCCAGGCAGGUGCAGGCAUUAAUGACGAUGGUUCCGGCACAACCCUGAUUCUUGAAAUCGCAAGAGCUCUUGAGGAGUUCGGAGUCAAGAACAAAGUCCGAUUCGGAUGGUGGGGAGCUGAAGAAAAUGGCCUUCUGGGAUCGAAAUAUUACACCCAGAACCUCAACGUGACAGAGAGGAACAACAUCCUCACAUAUCUCAACUUUGACAUGGUCUCUCGCGGUUACUUUGGUGUCUUUGAUGGUGAUGGCAGUAGCUUCAAUCUCACCGGUGCCCCGGGCUCUGACGCAAUCGAGAAGAUGUUUGUUGAGGACUUCACCAAGAAGGGUAUCAACGUCACCGCUGCUCGUUUCACUGGUGGCAGUGAUUACCAGUCAUUCAUGAACAUCGGAAAGCCUGUGGGAGGUCUGCACACCGGAACUGGCGUCGAGCAGGAUCCGUGCUACCACCAGGCCUGUGACACAAUCGACAACCCGAACCCACAGACGCUCACCAUCAACGCAAAAGCCGCUGCCCACGUGCUUUCAAUACUUGCUACAGAGGGUCAUGAGAUCAUCCCUAAGAGCCCUGCCAACGCCACCAUGCUGACUACGAGAAGCUUGGGAGGUAUCGAGCUACCAUGGACGGUACCCGCUGAUGGCGAGAGACACUUGUUGACAUGCGGCCAGGAAGUGUAAAGCGUAGCUUCCACCGACUCUGAGAGAUGGAAACAUGUGGUUCUCAAGUAAAAGUGCUGUUGAUGAUCAUAACGAAGUGACGAAGCGAGCACGACAUUGUUGUAGUAGUACGAGAGUCAAUAAAGACUAGCAGUGAUGAUAUGUCGCCUCCUGCUAGCAUCGCAUGUCUAGCGAGUGGAACUAGUAGCAGGAUAUUUUAGUACCUAGCUUACUAGAGCACGUUGAACGAUCUUCUCUG